CUUGCCUCAGCAGCAGCAAGAUGCCUAUAUCUGUAACAAAAGUUAUCCAUUCACUUGCAACGGCUAGUCAUGUAGAAAAGCUACUUUGAUUACCUGUAAACUUGUGAAUGUGAAAUACUAAUUAGUAUUAGUAUUUACUAUAGUUUAAAAUUUUGCAGGUUAGAUUUCAUAUAUGUUUUUUAUGAGAGAGAUUGCUUGCAGGCUGAAAAAGUGUGAGCACCCAUGCUAUAAAGUACAGUAUAUUCAGAUUUAUUUUCUAUGGUAUUGUCCCUAAUAUGGUAAUGGUUGUUCAAAUGUGAGAAGUGUGCUCACUUUUAUGACAUACUUAAAAAAAAAAAACAAAAGCUCUAAAACAUACUAUUUUGUAUAAUGAUUGUAUGAUCACAUUUAUAGAUAUGAUGGUAUCUUCUAUCCUGUAAGGUGUUUGAACGCGUGGGUUGUAUGUGUGAAUGGCACAAGAAUAUUGUUAGUAAAUCCACGGCCGUUUUUUCACCACUUCCCCCAUCACCAUUACAAGUUGCAACUCUUCGCGCAUCAUUCCAACCACGCUCCCACUCACUGCGAGAGCUGCAUCUGAUCCAGCCAGAGGCACCUGAAGAAUUCGCGUAGCCGGCCAAGGUGGGACGGUUCCUUCCGAGUAAGCGUCCUCCAGUGUGUGUGUGUGUGUGUGUGUGUGUGUGUGUGUAUGCGCGCGCGCGGUUCUGUUUUUGUCCACACUCAACUACAACUUGGCCACCCCAGCGACGGCGCCACCGGACGGGACAUGCGCACAGAGACUCUCGUCUUGACCAUGCACGCCUACAACUAUCAAAGGACACUAAACAAGUCGUGCAGACACUUGUGCUAAAAAAAAAAGAAAACCUAUCAAUCAAUUUGUAAAUUGAGUCGCGCAUUGCAGUGAGUGUGCAAUCUUGAGUGGGGGUCGUCUCUUUUACACGCAGGCUGCACGAUGAGGCUGGGAAGCAUCAUUUUAUUCGUGGCUCUCUGCUCCUUUAGCGCCUAUUAUGUUUAUGAGCCCAUUCCGGAGGAGAUAGAGGAGAGAUGGAAACUCAUGCUGACCAACACUUUCUUCAGAAGUCUCAGCCACCUGGCAGACUUCAGUGAGUUAGUAGGACUGAAGGACUACAUGGGAGUGAUGUACUUCAUCACACUGAUUGAAAACAUUGUGCCUGUUUCCGAUGAACAUGUCGCAGUGACUGUGGAGGAUUUUGAAGGGGUGGAGGUGGUGCUGUACCAACCCAAGCAGCAAAGUGGCGACACAGAGCUCAGGAGAGCGGUCAUAUACCUGCAUGGUGGAGGAUGGUGUUUGGGGAGCUCCCGCAUGAGUCCAUAUGAUCUGCUAGCCAGAAAAUUGGCCACUGAGCUGAACGCAGUAAUACUCUCUGUAGAGUACCGCCUUGCCCCUGCUCACCACUUCCCCGUCCCAUAUGAGGAUGUAUAUAGUGUUGUGAAACACUUUCUCCAGAUAGGGGUGCUCGCCCGGUUUUCUGUGGACCCAGGACGUAUUGCAGUCUCCGGGGACAGUGCUGGGGGAAACCUGGCAGCUGCUGUCUCCCAGCAGUUGCUGAAGGACCCUGCACAACAGGUUCAGUUGAAAGCCCAAGCACUCAUCUACCCUGUGCUCCAGGCGCUGGACCUUAACACGCCAUCCUACCAACAGAAUCAAGACAUGCCCAUUUUACCACGCACCCUCAUGGUACGAUUUUGGAGUGAGUACUUCACCAGCGACAAAGCCUUUUUCAGAGCCAUGAUGGCCAACACACACAACAAUCCAGAGUCUUCCAGCCUGCUUAAGUUUGUAAACUGGAGCGCCUUCCUGCCUGAAACGUAUCACAGGAAGUACAACUACAGUGUCCCCGCUGUGGUGCAAGGGGAGGCAGGGCAAGAGUUCGGAACCAGCGCACCAUCUCGGUCUUUAGCUGACCCGAGGGCAUCUCCGCUGCUGGUUCCAGACACAGCCUUGCGCUCCCUGCCCAAAGCCUACAUUCUGACGUGUGAGUAUGACGUUCUACGAGAUGACGGGAUCAUGUACGUCACACGCCUUCGCACUGCGGGUGUCGAGGUGACACAUGAACACUACGACACAGGAUUUCAUGGAGCGUUGAUGUUCACCGUGUGGCCCACUGACUUUCUCCUUGCUCGCCGCAUGACGGACAACUAUGUGAAAUGGCUUAAGGAAAACUUGUAAAAUAAAACUUUAACGAUUAAUCCAGUUGCUCUGCAAUGAAGCACUAGUGUGUUGUUGGGUGCAAAUUGCUCCCAAUUUGGCAUUCAUCUUCUAUUUUAUUUUGCUUAUGCUGUAUUUUUCUGUAAAUGGAAUAUACGUAUUAUGAAUUAACUUAGCAUCUGUUAUAUUUGUCACAUUUUUAUGACAUUGUAAGAUUUGACAAUUACAGGACGUCGCAUCGUUGUUGUUUUUUUUAAGUACAGUCACCCCUCGCUAUAUCACGGUUCAAAUAUCGCUCCUUCACUUUAUCGUGCUUUUUCAAAAAAUAAUGAAUAAGUGAUGGCUGUUUCGUGGUUGACUAUGGCAUAUUAUUAUUAAUCAAAAAAUAUUGAAUGAGAAGUUGUAUGUAGCGUUGUGGUCACUAGGCAUCAGUACUGUUAUGAGACGUGACGUUAGAAUUCAUUACCUUUCACUGAGCCAGCAGAGCCGGGCCGACAUGCCAUGGCUGAGAUCAAAUGGGGGUGGAAAAAAGCUUCUCCUCUCAUUCCAUGUGGAAGUGGUAAUUUUUUUGGGCUUCUUCCUCCUUCUUCCCCACUCUGUUUGAAAUACUUGAAAUAAGUUUAGAAUAAGUAAAUUGGUGAGGCUAACUAGUUAGCUCAGGAGUGUAAAAAUGACUGUUAUUUCAUGUCUACAGGGCUUUAAUAAUAUUAAAACCCAUACUGAGAAAGUCAUGAACAGGUUUUCUAUGCUCUAACUAAGAAAAUAUUCAAUUUAUUAAUAUUGAAUUGUACUUCGCGGAAAUUCACUUAUGGUGGUCGGGUCUAGAACCAAUUAGUAGCGAUAAAUGAGGGAUGACUGUAGAAACACAAUUUCUAAAUUGAAAACAAAUGUACAUUUUGUCAAAAAAGGCAACCAAUGGCAAAAUGGUAUGGAAAACAACAUUCUAAACCUAAAAAAAAAAGGUAGUUAGAGAGAGCCAUUAAAGUGCUUCUCAAAUAGCGGGACUGGCCUCCGAGGGGUGGUUUAAUAUGUGCUGGCCAAUGUACAGAAGAAACCUGUCAUAGGCUUGUACAUCUUACAUAGUACAUUUUUUGAGCUUCCCAAUGAGUUUCUGCUCUGGUUUUCCACCACAGGACCUGUUAGAGUUGUCCCUCGUUUAACACCGCUAAUUGGUUCCAGACCUGAUCGCGAGAAGCGAAUUUCUGCGCAGUAGGAUUCAAUAUUAAUAAACAGAAUAUUUUUUUAGUUACAGCAUAGAAAACCUGUUUAUGACUUUCCAUUAUUAGGUCCCUGAAGUCUUGAAAUAACACCCCGAUAAUCACUUUUUCACUCCUAUUAUUCUUUGUUUACACCACAUUGUGCAGGCUACGGGAUCACUGCAUGGACAAAAGACGGCUGCCGCUAGCAUAGCAAGAUAGCGAGCUAACUAGUCAGCCUCUCCAGUGUACAUAUUCUAAACUUAAGUGUUUCAAGUAAGUGGGGAAGGAGGACAAAAAAGCCAAAAACUUACCACUUCCACACGGAACAAGAGGAGAACCUUUUUUUCAUGCAAUCUCAGCCAUGACAUGUCGGCUUGGCAUAUUAGAUAUAACUUGCCUUUCAAUAUUUUUGUACUAAGAAUAUGCCACAGUCAUCCAGGAAACAGUAAUCACAUUCGAACCGCGAUAUAACGAGGAACGAGUGCACCUGAUUUUAUAUCCAUUGCCGUUAUACACGAUAUGGCAAUAUAUUGUCAGCUUCUUUUGUGCUUUUUACAAGAUGUUGGAGUGUUGAGGUUUGGCCGUCCACCCACAAGAACAUGUGUGAGUUGAGAGGUCAUUAACGUUAGACACUGACAGAGGGCCUACUGGCUCAACUUCUCAGUCUUAGUUCAUCCCAAAGGUGUUUGAUGGCUUUCUUCCACAUCCAAGCAUGACUUUACAGACCUUGCUUUGUUCACUGAGGAACAGAACCCAACAUUCUUGGAGCUGUUCUCUCAAAGUUAGAAGCAUGGAAUUGUACACAUUGUCGUGGUAAGUACAGCAAGUCCUGAUUGAUUAUUUAAGUGACAAGGAGCUAAGGUGUCCCAAGACUUAUAGGACUUCCAUUAUUAUUAGCAUUAUUAUAAUUCCUGGCUUGUAAAGUUUAAGAAGUCAGACUAUAUUUUAAUAGCACACACAGAAUAAAGUGGUAGUUGCCACAAGAACAGGAGUCUUAUUUUGUUGAUUAAAUCGCACCGUAUAUGUCAGCUACAGCUGAGCACUUUGUCAAAUUCAUCUUUAUUACUGUAUUGCAUGUUGUCCGAAGACCACACAACUUGAUGUUUCAUUAGGGCGUCAGACAUUCCUACACGUACGCGCUGGAAAGAGCAUGAGCGAUGUGAGCAGAAGAGUUCAGUGACUGGAUGUGGAGCAUUUCAUGUGAAGCAUGUUUCAUAUUCAGCUUUAAAAAGUAUAUUGCAGCCAUAUUUAAGGAAAAGAUCACUUUUUUUUGGAAUUUUGCCCAUCAUCUACAAUCCUUAUGUGAGACAUUUCCCCCCUUUUUUUCUCUUUUCUGUGCGUUCUAAAGACAUAAAAACAGCUAAAAAGAGGCAGCUAAUCAAUGCACGUAAUCGGACACACAUAUUCUGUCUCUAAAGCCUGCUAUUAAAACACCCAAACCCCCAACAAGGCCUUUUAGGGUUAUGAUGUCUUCUACUCCUUGCCGCUUCACUUUUACAGCUUUGGGAACAAUUCCCUUUCUGGCCCAGGACCAGGUACAUACAGUAUACCUACCUGGGAGUUAAAGGAAAACUGCACUUUUUUUUGGAAUUUUGCCCAUCAUCCACAAUCCUGAAUGAACACACAUCUUUCUCUUUUCGGUGCGUUCUAAAUAGUGAAAAACUGCUAGCAUUAGGCAGCUAAUAAUGCAUGUAAAGGGGAUUCACCUAUUCCGCCUAUAAAGCCUUCUUAGAAAAUGCUUUAUGGUUUUAUAUCCAUUCUGUGGCCAUGUAGUAACAUGUACUACUUUCAGUAUUUUGCUGUAUUUUCAUCAUUUGAAGCAUUACUGGGACUUCCUGCCUGGGUACAUUGAUUUCACAUAGCAGCAUAUAAAUGAACGCUACACAUAGCGUCACCUUUUCCAAACUUCAAAGUAAAAACACAGCAGCAGUGGCAUACCUUUCCGUAGUGGCCUCAGGCGUUGUGAGCGAGUGUGUGGUGAAGCUUGUUGCGAGCCGGCUAGUACAAGUAUGUACGCCAUUAAAAUAGUUAUAGGGCUUAACAAUGUUAAUAAUAAUAACAGUGUUGCUGUGGCUUGGUGAAUAUGUAGGUCACGUUAUGUAAAUGGAGUAUUGUUGGUGCUUUUUGGAGGUUUUUUCAGAAGGCUUUAUUGGUGGAGUAGAUGUGUCCCAUUACGUACAUUAAUUAGCUGCCUCUUUUUAGCUGUUUUUAUCUUUAGAAUGUACAGAAAAGAAAAAGACAUGUAUUCAUGUCUCACAUAAGGAUUGCGGAUGGGCAAAAUGGGAUAUUCCGAGGGACAGGAGCCAGCACUUCCUGUCCUCCGCUCUUAUUUUGGUGUGCUGCACUUCCUGCUGGGGGGAAGCUGCAGCUGUUUCACCCCAGUGGUUUGUUGCUCAGCUGGCAGCAAUUACAAUUUGUGGGGGUUAAAAGCCCAAGUUCAUUGUCUCUUUGCCUGCUUCCUUAGUGCACUUCGCCUGUGCUGUCACCUAGACGGUUCCCUGACCUGUUGCUACUGCCGAGUCUUCCGUGUAUGUUUUUUUCACAGAGCCGCUUUCCUCUGUCGCUUUCUGUUGUUUUUCCUGCACCUGAUGAAUUUAAGUAUUUUUAUUUUCCACCACCCAUGCCUGUCUCUGCAUAGUGGGGGUCAAGCACUCGGACACAAAAUAAAAAAAAAAAGUAUCCUUUUCCUUGAGGCUCCUCUCCCAGAAAUACAAACUUUUCAGCAUGAGUGUCUUUUGUCAAUGCAUGAUUUGGUUACUGUGGUGCCAGUGCGUUGCUUUGAACUUUUAACAGUUGAUCAAUAAACAGGAAAUAACUGAG